AUGAGUAUGUUUUCUGCACGAUUUGUUGGAUCACGAGUUGUUCCUUCUCUUCUCGCUUCUGUGGUAGUGCGAAAGUCGGUUCUCACAGCCCCAUUGAGGGCUUCUCCACAGCUGCUGGCAGGGCUCAGAUUUGAACCGAAAUUUGGGGCCAAUAAGAGGUAUUUCAGCUUGACGUCAUGGAUAACAGGAGGUUCGUCCAGUGCAGAAGUGGCCGGAAAUUCUGUGAGUUGUACUGCCUCAUCGGUAGGAGAUGUCGUUAAUGCUGCAAGCGCAAGUGCUGCUGAUGCGAGUACUGCUAGUGCGAGUACUGCUAGUGCGAGUACUGCUAGUGCGAGUACUAUUGGUGCUGUCGAAGCUGCCGACGCGGCUCUGACAUCAGAAUCAAAGUUCUCAACAACUCUAGGCUUUGAUCCUUCAGAUGCUGUCACUUCGAUAUCUGACAAGGCUGUAGAUGCGGCCAAUGCUGUAGCCGAGAGUACCCUCACACCUGACCAGUUUGGUUAUCUGCACUCUAUAGGUCUCGUUGAUGGCUGGUGGCCUAGUGAUAUCAUUCAACAAGGCUUGGAGAUUGUCAAUGUGUUUAGUGGAAUGCCAUGGUGGCUCACCAUCACAGUCACCACAAUUGCUUUCCGUUUGAUUCUUUUCCCAUUUUUUGUGAAAUCUUCUGAUACGAUGGCCAAGUCACAACUAAUCAUGCCUCAGACGAAACAGCUCAGGGCGGACAUAAAUACUGCUAUUUCCAGAGGAGACCAAAGAAUGCAGCAGAUCAAAAUGUUUCAGAUGAAGCAACUUAACAAAAAAUACGGCAUCAAGUAUAGAAAUAUGUUUCUCUCGCCGGUGAUCCAGAUGACCUUUACCAUGGGUUCUUUCUUUGGUAUCAGAGAGAUGGCUAACUUACCUCUACAAGGAUUCACUACGGGCGGUGCUUUCUGGUUUAAGGAUUUGACUGCUGCUGAUCCUUACAUUGGUUUACAGUUGAUAUCUGCCUGCUUGUACGCACUUUCGUUCAAGUUUGGAGGUGAGACUGCCAUGGCUCAAUACGGUCCUAAGAUGAAGCAUGUUUUCAUGGUUCUUCCAUUUGUUUCUGUGUUGUUUACUUGGAACUUGUCGUCCGCUGUCAUGGUUUAUUUGACUGCCAACGGUUUAUGUUCUAUUGCUCAGUCCAGAAUUUUGAGGUCUGCUGGGUUCCGUUCAUGGGCCAAAAUGACUCCAUUGAAUACCAACAAGGUUGAGCAAGCCGCUGCAGCCGAGGAGAAGUCCAGUGGAAUGUUUGGUAAAAUUUCUCAGCAAUGGGAUGACAUGAAGAACAGCUCGACAGUGCGUGGAGAAAUGCAGGACAAAGCAGAUAAGGCUAUUGCUUUUCAAAAGAAGAAGGCCAGAGCCUCCCGGGUGAUCAUCAAGGGCAGAAAGUGA